UUCCCACAGCGCCGGCAUGGCUCACGCAUAUCAAGGAAACGACUGCGACUCGGCAUACGGCGACGACGAAACCCUCUUUUUCCCGGAUCCCAUGUUCGCAUUGCCUGGGCCGCUGGCUGGUUCAAAGCGCGACGUGGACAAUGUCAUACUGAGCGACCCCAAACGUACGGGCCUGGGAUUGGCCGCCGAGACGGGCAACUGGCCUGAGCAUGGUGACCCAAGUGCCCAAAGAACUCGCAACCCUAGGCCCUCCUGUCCAUCCUGUGAAGACGGGCGCCCAUCAAAGCGGAAGGCUUCGGCCGUCAGAGUAGGCGAGUACCACAACGUUGCCACUUCCCAAUCUGUCUCGAACUCGGACCAACAGUUCCCCGACCUCUGCUUUGAAGAAUUCUGCCAAGGUUGCGAUCUCGACACCGCCUCGUGCAACUCUCCCUGCGCGUCUCCCUGCGCGUCUCCCUGCGCGUCUCCCUGCGCACUACCAUGCCCCGGUGACGAACAAUGCUCCGAAGAGGACGCAUGCUUUGACCCUCAUUGUGAGGAAGGGGCAUGUAGCGAUCACUGUGCUGACCCCGAAUGCACCAAGAUCGCCGGUAUCGACGAGCCUUGCUUCUGUCAGAAGUGCGAUGCUCAGCCGUGUCCGCUUGGUGACCCACGGAGUGAGUGUCACUUAGUUCACACAGCUCCCACCCCGGCAGGCACCAUCUACUGCUACGAUAACACGCGGUGUCACUUUCAAGAGGGUCAUCAUGGUUACGACCCCCAAUUGUCUGGAUUCGAGACGUAUCCAUGUUACUCCCAGGUUCACGACACACUCAACCACUCUUACGGGGCAGUACCAACCACCUCUACUGUGACCACACCUGUAUUAUCUCCUGGCGCUCUCACUUCCAUCGAAAGCGCAUUCAGUAGCCAUCCGUCUCCGACGCCAAACCAUCUCGUCGAGACAUCAUGCUACCUAAACAUCCCUGGCGAGCACUGUCAUAUUGACAACUCAUGCUGCCAUGGAGAGUCCAGGGCAUGUGGUGAUUUUACCACGGCUUCCCAAGAGCAUCUCGAUCUUUGGAAUGCCUCUUUAGCAGAAGGCAACGGUCUGGCAAACAACUUCGCGAACUUUGGGCUCCAGUCAAGUCAAUCGGGUGCCCCAUACUCCCUCGCACCCUCAACUAUGGGUAUGAACAUCUUUGACAAUAGCCUGAACAACCCAAUGUACGGGUUCAAUGACACCACGUGGCUCCUUCCGCAGUCCCACUAUUCGGAUGCAUUCCAGAACACGGGACCCCAAAACCUAAAGGUCGCCUUCAACACGUCAGCCGCGCGGCUCGAACCCAAGUCUGAGAUACAGCCCGCUAGCAACACAGGACUUGAUCUGUCACCAACAGGCGGCACCACAGAUGCCUCCCAAUCCUGCGUCUGUCGUUGGCAACAUGCACCCGGCCUCCUUUGCCUUGCCGCCUUUCCAGACCCUUCCGCCCUACACGCCCACAUCAAAGCCUCGCACGUCGACAACUGCGCGCAGUGCGUCUGCCUGUGGGAAAAUUGCGAAGCCACAUCCAAAGACUUCAAGCAGCGCUCCAAGCUCUCGCGGCACCUCCUCGCGCACGCCGGCCACCGCCCCUAUGCAUGCAGCUUCAAAGGCUGCAACAAGACCUUCGCCACGAAUCAAGCGAAGGACAACCACGAGCGCACGCACACCGGCGAGCGCCCGUACGUAUGCGAUAGAUGCGGAUACACUACGACCACGCAUACGCAAUUGCAGACGCACAUCUCGGCACUGCACGAGGGGAAGAAGCCGCACAAGUGUCGCUUCUGCGACUUCUCCUGCGCGGACAGCUCCAACUUGAGCAAGCACGAGCGCACGCAUCAGAACCUACGUCCCUACCGUUGCCCCCAGCCGGGUUGCACCUUCAAGCCCGACUGUCGCUGGGAGAACCUCAAGCGGCACCUCCGCCGCUCGGGCCACUACCCCCAGCUGCUAGUUGAAGGUAGUGACGAGGCGAAGACGUACCGCGAGAACGUGAAGCGGGAGACGGAGGAGUGGAACAAGCGUGCUGGGGAGGGCGAGAUAGUCAAGAUGGGGCGACGCAAGGGAAAAGGCACAUAAUCUUUCCUUUCUACUUUGAGCAGACACGACGACAUUGCGGAUAAGCGUCGGAAGCGGGUGAAGCACAGCGCGACGACGUGUUAGUCCUUGGACUCUUUCCACAACCUUUCCUUGAUAACUUGCGCGCAUGGCCGGAUGUUGGAUGUAGAGAUACCCCGAUGAUUGAUGGAUGAUGAAUAACGAUGACACAAGCACCACCGACCUUAGCACAAGUCCAUUAUUACACACGGACGACCGGGUUUCGGGAGCGCCCCUUUCAUGCCCUCCUUGUGUAUACAAAUACCACUAUAGCAUAGCAACCAUACCAUUAGAGCUAUAC